AUGAUCACCGUUGAUGAAGAUUGCAACUUGGAAGGGACCAUAGUAUCAGUCAAGAUAGAGAAGAAUGUCGAGACAUCGACCUUGAUUUCUCCUGUGAUCACAGUCCAAGCACUAGCGCCAAUUGAAGUGGAAGUUUUUCUUCCCAAGCCUAGGAUCAUGGCCCUUGUCACGCAAUCAUCCCCUUUUGACGCUAAAGCGGUUCCUUGGGAUUACUCGACUGAUGCAAGGGACAAAGGAAAAGGAAAGAUAGUUGUAGAAGCCGCUGCUGUAGGAAUGACAAGAUUCGGGCGUUGUUAUACCCCUGAAGAAGUUGUACGAGAAGGACAAAACAAGGAAAACAACCAAAAAAGGGUUGUGACAGAGGCUGAAGUGGAAGAUUUCUGGAGGAAGAUGCCAACUAAGGAAUAUUUAGUUGUUGAACAACUAAAGAAAACUCCUGCCCAAAUUUCCUUAAUGGCCUUACUGAUGAAUUCUGCAACUCAUAGGAACGCUUUGGUGAAGGUUUUAAGUGAAGCUUAUGUUCCAGCUGAGACCACCAGUGAGAACUUUUCUGCCAUGGUAGGACAAGUUUUAGAAGCUAACAAAGUCACCUUUCAUGAAGAUGAGUUGUUGCCUGAAGGUUUGGGACAUAACAAAGCGUUGAACAUUACUGUCAGAUGUAGGGAUAAGUUUAUUUCAAGAGUUCUGAUUGAUAAUGGUUCAGCUAUUAACAUAUGCCCUUUCACUACUCUUCGAGCUUUGGGAAUCGACAUUAGAAAGAUUCGUGAAAGUCAUGAAAUUGUUGUUCAUGGAGAAGGUAACAACUCAAUAUAUCCUGGAAAUUCAGUCCCUGUUAUUGAAAGUAUGGAAGAGUUGGAUGGGUCUGUAUUCCAUAUUAGGGAAAUUGUGUGUGCUACUCAAGUUGGAAAGACAAAUUUGCCACGUGUGCUUUUGAUUGUGGCUUGGGAAAUGUUGAAGAAUGGUUUUAUCCCGGGUCAAGGUCUUGGAGCGAAAUUGGAUGGAAUAGUGGAACCAAUUCAAUUGCAUGGUCAGAAAUACACCUUUGGUCUUGGAUACGAGCCUACUCUUGAAGAAAUCUCAUCGGUUAAUCUCAAAAGGAAAAGUGACAUUCCCUUACCACAACCUAUCCCGCCCUUGAAUCAGUCAUUUUCCAAGGCGUUUGCUGCACAAGGAUUAGAAGAAGCUGUUGAAGAUAACCUCAUAGAAGGACUCAAAAACUUGUUCAUUGAAGAAGCGGAGUGCAAUAUGAUUUUGGAGGACUGCACUGAGGCCCCGACCAUAUGGGAUGUUAUGCCUGAAAAUGCUUUGAACAAUUGGACUUGUAACCCGUCCCCGCAAACUAAUAAACCUGUCAAUGUCGAGAAUGUGACAUGUAAUGAAACGAGCGAACAAAACCCGAACAGUGAACAAACUUUUGCAGAAUAUGAAGAAGAUGUGCAGCCUGGAGAGUUGACCGAGGAGUUUGAACAAUUUGAGAAUAAAGAAAAGCCAAAUUUGGAUGAAAUUGAGACGAUAAAUUUGGGAGAUUCUACAGAAUUGGUGAGGGAUACAAGAAUUAGUGUCCAUUUCACUCCGUCCCAAAGAAAAGAACUUAUUGACCUUUUGAGACAAUACAUGGAUGUGUUCGCAUGGUCUUAUGAUGAUAUGCCGGGUCUAAGCACGGAUAUUGUUUCACACAGGUUGCCAAUUGAUCCCUCUUACCCCCCAGUAAAGCAAAAGCCGAGAAAAAUGAAACCUGAUUUGAGUUUAAAGGUUAAAGAAGAAGUCUCCAAGCAAUUUGAUGCCAAUGUCAUCCGGGUCACCAAGUAUCCCACAUGGUUGGCCAAUAUAGUACCAGUGCCAAAUAAAAAUGGAAAGACUAGAGUAUGCGUAGAUUAUCGAGAUCUCAACAAGGCUAGCCCGAAGGAUGAUUUUCCUCUACCAAACAUUCAUAUACUUAUUGAUAAUUGUGCAAAGCAUGAGUUGCAGUCAUUUGUUGAUUGCUUUGCAGGAUAUCAUCAGAUUCUAAUGGAUGAAGAUGAUGCGGAGAAAACUGCAUUCAUCACGCCUUGGGGAGUAUAUUGUUACCGAGUAAUGCCUUUUUGA